AUGCUAGAGCACCCGAUCCCGUCCAGAGAAUAUACACAAACCCUAUUGCAAUGGAUAUACGAUCGUGAACCGGAUCGGUUUAGCACAAACUGUUUUGAACUGCAUUCAAUCACAUCGGAACGUCAGCGCACACUUGUACAAGUUGUAUUUCAGUUCAAUUUUAUUGUCCCGUCGCCGGAUUACGGGGCGGAAGAGUGGAUUUACUGUACACUUCCACCUGAUCCCGUACCAACACAGGUGGACGGAGGGAGUAAAAAAGUUGUAAAUUCCAUGCCUCACCCUUUUGGUUUAGAGCCUAUAGCGCUGAUCAAUAAAGGUCUCAAUCUCUGGCGAUUCUCUUCCACCGGAGCCGAUGAGCCUCUACUGAGAAAAACAGUUCUGUACUCUCCGCAACUAAAGUGCAAUCCAGAUUGGACUCAAGGUGAUACGGUUAAAUACGGUUAA